AUGGCGAGAGAUAUGAAUGUAGUGGAGAUUUUGGAUGAUGAGGAGGAGGAUGAGAAGGAGUGUGAGGAUUGGUGCUUUAUCUGUAAAGAUGGUGGAAACCUAAUGCUCUGUGACUUCAAAGACUGUCCAAAAGUUUAUCAUGAAAGUUGCGUUGAAAAGGAUAGCUCAGCAAGCAAGAAUGGAGACUCGUAUAUCUGUAUGUGGCACAGUUGCUACUUGUGUAAGAAAACACCAAAGCUAUGCUGCCUUUGUUGCUCACAUGCUGUAUGUGAAGGCUGUGUCACUCAUGCUGAGUUUAUUCAACUUAAAGGGGAUAAAGGGUUAUGCAAUCAAUGCCAGGAGUAUGUCUUUGCUUUAGAAGAAAUUCAAGAAUAUGAUGCUGCUGGGGAUAAGCUUGACUUGACAGAUCGGAAUACAUUUGAGUGUCUGUUUCUUGAGUAUUGGGAAAUUGCGAAAAAACAAGAAGGUCUAACUUUUGACGAUGUCCGCAAGGUCUGCGCUUCAAAGCCACAAAAGAAAGGUGUCAAGUCAAAGUACAAAGAUGAUCCCAAAUUUUCGCUUGGUGAUGUCCACACUUCAAAGUCACAAAAGAAAGGCGACAAGCUGAAGAACAAAGAUGAUCCCAAAUUUGCGCUUGGUGAUGCCCACACUUCAAAGUCAGGAAAGAAAGGCGUCAAGCUGAAGAACAAAGAUGAUCCCAAAUUUUUAGUAUCUGACCAUGCGGUUGAAGAUGCAGUUGAUUAUAAAAAGGUUGGCAAAAACAAGAGAAUGGAGUUUAUCAGAUGGGGUUCAAAGCCUCUCAUUGAUUUCCUAACGUCCAUAGGGGAAGACACCAGAGAGGCAAUGUCACAACAUAGUGUUGAGUCAGUUAUCCGCAGGUACAUUCGUGAGAAAAACCUGCUUGACCGUGAAAAGAAGAAGAAAGUUCAUUGUGAUGAGAAGCUGUACUCUAUCUUCAGGAAAAAGUCUAUAAAUCAGAAAAGGAUUUAUACACUUUUGAAUACUCACCUGAAAGAAAACCUUGAUCAGGUGGAGUAUUUCACACCUUUGGAACUUGGCUUCAUUGAAAAAAAUGAAAAGCGAUUCAGUGAAAAGAAUGAUAAGGUUAUGAUGCCGUGCAAGAAGCAAAAAACAGAAAGUUCAGAUGACGAAAUUUGUGAGAAGGAAGUGCAACCUGAAAUGCGAGCAACUGGUUUCGCCACGAUCAAUGCAGAUAAUCUAAAGCUUGUUUAUCUACGUAAGAGCUUAGUCUUAGAGUUGUUGAAGCAGAAUGAUAGCUUUGUGGACAAAGUGGUGGGAAGCUUUGUGAAAGUGAAGAAUGGCCCUAGGGACUUUAUGGCGUACCAGAUCUUGCAGGUUACAGGCAUUAAAAAUGCUGAUGAUCAGAGUGAGGGCGUGCUUCUUCAUGUUUCUGGUAUGGCAAGUGGUGUUAGCAUUUCCAAGCUGGAUGAUUCUGACAUAAGAGAGGAAGAGAUUAAAGAUUUGAAGCAAAAAGUGAUGAAUGGUCUUCUGAGACAGACAACUGUUGUAAGUUGUGUAUAUCACAAGAUUUGGUUCUCUGUUUAUUCAUUAACAUGACGAAUCCUCUGGUAAGACAGAGAGGUAGUUAAAUCAUUUGGCAUUUGCAUUCUCAUACUCAAAUCAUGUUCCGUUCUUUCAGGCGCUUAAACUCACCAAUGGUUUUUUAAAUCUGACAGGUGGAGAUGGAGCAGAAGGCUAAGGCUCUCCAUUAUGAUAUAACAAAACAUUGGAUUGCAAGGCAGCUUAACAUUCUGCAGAAGCGCAUCAACUGUGCUAAUGAGAAAGGAUGGAGAAGAGAAUUAGAGGAGUAUCUAGAGCAGAGAGAACUUCUGGAGAAACCUUCAGAGCAGGAGAGGUUACUAAAAGAAAUUCCAAGGAUCAUUGAAGACUUCAUCGAGAUUAAACAAGAACCAUGUGUCGGCGGUUUGUCACAUGAGGCGGUUAUAAAUAUCGAUUAACCAAAGAGCAUCUUCAAAAGGAAGAAGGUUGAUGUUGUUGUUUUUUGGGCUGGAAUAUUACAACUUAAGAAACUCGGCUAAAUAUUUCUAAGCUUUUGCGGAAACAGGAAGCUAACUCUUUUUGUAAGAUGGUCAUGUAUGUAGUAGCAUCAAAGUGACAUGGUAUGUUUUAUGUUCAUGUAUGUAUAUAUGCCUAAUGCCAUAACUUUUGAAAACC